CGUUUGAAUUCCAAUUCGCAAUUUUUGGGGGGAAGUGACGAGCAGUAAUGGAUCCGGAGGCGGAGUUAAUGGCGUCCGAGCAGCAAACGGGCAACGAGUGGGAACUCUUCAAGGAGAACAUCCGGCCGCUGAAGCGGGGCCGCAACGUCCAGCUCCUCAACCACGCCCUCCGAUCUCACUCCCAACCCGCCCUCAAGAGAUCCCUCAUCCACACUCGAAGGAGAUUGAUCGAGACCAUCGACGACUACAAGGGCGAAGAUCCCCUCCAACCCUGGCUCGACUGCAUCAAAUGGGUUCAGGAAUCAUUCCCAACUGGAGGAGAGUGCUCCGGAUUGCUUGUGAUUUAUGAGCAAUGUGUGCGCACAUUCUGGCAUGACCAACGAUACAAGGGUGAUCUGCGCUAUCUCAAAGUGUGGUUGGAAUAUGCUGAGAAUUGUGCUGAUGCUGAAGUAAUAUACCGCUUUCUUGAAGCCAAUGAAAUAGGUCAGAACCAUUCCUUCUAUUAUUGCGCAUAUGCCCUCCUCAUGGAGUCCAAGAAUAAGCUGAAGAAGGCAGAUGAGAUGUUCAACCUCGGGAUUGCGAGGAAAGCCAAACCAGUAGAGAAGUUAGAAGCUGAUUACAGGAAGUUCUUGGCUCGCUCCACAAGGAAGAAGAAAAAUAUCAAGGAUGAAUCAGUUGAACCAGAAAACCAUAUUCCCAUUCGAAGCUUUGGAACUGUAUUGGCUGCAGCUGCUGCAAGGAAUCAAACUACUGAGAACUCUGAUAUUGCUAGAAAGAGGGUGAAGCUACAGAGGGUUGAUACCAAUAGACCACUUUCCAUCUACAGUGAUACAAACACACAAGGAAACAAUAACUCAGAGGUAAUAAGGAAUAAUGAGAAGCCCUGGCAUACUCUAGCAACCCAGAUUGAUAGAAACAAAGAGAAUACCUCAGCCCCAUCCAAAUGGAUUUCCUACAAGGUUCCUCAGAAAAUAGCAUCCAGGACAGUGGUACCAACUCCAAGUACAUGUAUUGAGGUUUUUGUUGAUGAGGAAUGUGCUGAGUUGCAACCAGUUGAAGGGGUGAAAGUUGUGAGCUCUUCUAUAAUGCAGCUCAGACAAGGAAACAAUGUAGAUCUUAAGAAGGAAACAGAGCUGUUGAAAGAAAACCCUUUACGUAAUUUCCCUCCCCACUGCCUUAGGUAAUUGGUGAUUCUGUGCCUUUCUAUCACUAGGUUCCCCUCUAUGUAUUGUUGAGUUGUAAUGCUGUGAAUCCUGUGAUGAGUUUCCAUUCUUCAUAGGUUUUCCGAUUUAUAUGGAAUUGUAUCUUGGCUUUUAUGUCUAAGGCUUGUAUAAUUGGUUUCUAUUUCAACAAUUAUUAUCUGAUAAUCUACUUCAAUAUUUAUUUA